AUGCCAGAACCCAUCGCUUUUGACGAAUCCCAGGUCGACGUCUCGUCGAUCGAUUUCUCGGACCUCGAGGCACAGUACCACGUGCCCGAGCCAGAACACUCGUACGAGCACUUUGUGAUCUGCGACGGCGCCCCCAUCGCGCCAGAGGCCAAGGCUCCUGUUUUGAAGAAGGUGCUCACCAAGCUGUUCUCCCAGUGCGGCAAGGUUGUCGACAUGUUCAUGCCGCUGGAAAACGGCCAGACCAAGGGCUACUUGAUCAUCGAGCUCGAAAACGCCGCCGCCGCCGACAAGGCCGUCAAGCAGCUGAACGGCAAGAAGCUGGACGUGAAGCACAGAUUGGCCGUCAACAAGCUGCCAGACAUGGAGAAAUACGCCCUCAACGACAACAUCACCGAGGAGUUCCGCGAGCCGGCCAUUCCCGAGUUCCGCUCGCACGGCUACCUCAAGUCGUGGCUGCUGGACCCCAACGGCCGCGAGCAGUUCAUGCUCCACCACCACGACACCGUGGGCGUGUACUGGUACAAAAAGAACAUCCAGCCCGAGGAGGUGAUCGAGCCACGGGCCCACUGGACGUCUGCGUCGAUGAAGUUCUCGCCAAAGGGCACGUAUCUGUUCUCGUUCUUCCCUGGCGGAGUGCAGGCGUGGGGCGGUGAAAAAUUCGACAGGAUCCGCAGAUUUGUGCAUCCGGGCGUCCAGCUGCUGGACUUCUCGCCAACGGAAAAAUUCCUGGUGACGCUGUCGCCGGAGCCGAUCGUCAUCCCGCCCGAGGACCACCCGGCCCGCGCACAGUGUCUGUUCAGUGCAGAAAGUGCCGGCCACAAGCUGGUGAUCUGGGACUUGCAGACGGGUUUGCCGGUGCGCACUUUUGCGCUGCCCCCAAACCUGGAGAAACAGCAGUCGAUGCCGUGGCCGCUGAUCAAAUGGUCUUUUGACGACAAGUACUGUGCCCGGAUGGGUCCCGACGCGUUGGCGAUUUACGACACCACGCAGGAGUUUGCGCUGCUGGACAAGAAGCUGUACAAGGCCGAGGGCAUCAUGGACUUUGAGUUUGCUCCGGCCGGCGUGAGACUGGCCACCACGAGGAAAAACGACCCGCCCGAGACGGUGUUCUCGUUUUGGACGCCAGAAACACCGAACCAGUCGGCGCGUGUUUCGGUGGUGCAGCUGCCGUCACGACAGGUGCUGAGAACGGUGAACCUGUUCAACGUGUCGGACGUGAAGCUGUGCUGGCAGGACGAGGCCAAGAUGCUGUGUUGCAAGGUCGACAGACACACCAAGUCGAGGAAGACCACGUUCACGAACCUGGAGCUGCUGUCGCUGGGCGAAAAAGAUAUUCCUGUGGAGAAAGUGGAGCUCAAGGAGGUGGUGAGCUCGUUCCAGUGGGAGCCGCACGGAGAGCGGUUUGUGACCGUGUCGAAGCUGGACACGCCGAACCCGAACAUCGCCGUUCCAGACAACAUUGUGUCGUUCUACGACGUGGAGGAGGCCAAGGUUGCGAAACAGGUGAUCAAGAAGUGGCUGUGCUACAAGACGGUGACCAAGACCCACGCGAACCAGAUCAGAUGGUCGCCAAAGGGCCGGUUUGUCGUGGUGGCCACCGUCACCGGCGCAAACGGCGACCUCGACUUCUACGACUCGGACUACGACGGCGAGAAGGAGAAAGAGCAGUCCGACAAGGUGAAGUCGAACCUGAAGCUGCUGAACCACCACGAGUACAAGGGUCUGACCGACCUGGCGUGGGACCCGUCUGGAAGAUACGUUGCUGGCUGGUCGUCCACCUGGAGACACAAGAUCGAGAACGGGUAUCGGAUUUACGACCUGGUGGGCAUGCUGCGCAAGGAGGAGCUGAUCGACGGAUUCAAAGAGUUUGAGUGGAGACCAAGACCACCGUCGAUGUUGAGCUCGAACGACAGAAAGAAGGUCAGAAAGAGCCUGAAGGAGUACGCUGCGCAGUUCGAGGAGGCCGAUGCGAUGGAGGCAGACGCCGAGCUGAGAGAGCUGAUCCUCAAGAGAAAGAGACUGCUGCAAGAGUGGUACACUUGGAGAAAGGAGGUCAUUGCCAAGCUGAAGGAGCUGCAUCUUACCCAGGAGCAGGCAGAGACCAGAGAAGAGGUGAUUGAGGAGGUCAAGGAGGAGAUCCUGGAGGAGAAGGAAGAGGUGAUAGAGUAG